GACCCGCUUUCUUAGGGCUGAGUGAAGAUUGUUGGCCUAGCGGUAAAUUCAACCACAGGGAGGAGGAUCUUCCAGAAUUGAGAGGAUGUUUUACAGCCGUCGCCAUUGUUGAAAACUCAAUUGUCAAUGAGUUACUAAACAACAACUCCAACUUAAACAAAGCAUGUCGCAUUCUCGUAUAUUGCCUAAGAGUUCGUAAAACGCACCGUCCAGCCGAGCCUACAAUAUUCGUUUCCCAUCAGGAAAUAUCAUUUGCAUUACACGUUAUGGCUAGGAUUGUACAAGAGCAGGCCUUUCCCGAAGAAUACAAGGCUUUGUCCAAGGGCGACACUAUCAACGCGUGCAGCAAUCUGCUGUCCCUUUCUCCGUUCAUAAACAAGGACGGGCUAAUUCGAGUAGGUGGUAGACUGGACAACUCAGGUUUGAAUUUCGAUGCCUGUCAUCCGAUUUUGCUACCGCGCGAUCACGUGUUAACCAAACGCAUAAUAGAACAAGAGCACGUGCGCAACGCACAUGCAGGCACUCAAGCCACCAUGGCUGCUGUGAGGCAACGUUUUUGGCCAAUAUCCUUGCGAUCUGUCACACGAAAAAUUGUAAGGGGUUGUAUAACGUGUUUCAAGGUCAAGCCCGUUCUCUCGGAAGCAAUCAUGGGUUCAUUACCCGCCGGGCGCGUAACUGUGUCAAGACCGUUCUCUCAUUGCGGCGUCGAUUACGCCGGCCCAUUAAUAUUACGUGAAAACAAGCGACGCAACGCGCGGAAUCACAAGGCGUACAUAGCAGUUUUUGUAUGCUUCGCCACGAAGGGGGUGCAUAUAGAGCCUGUCAGCGAUCUUUCCUCCGAAGCCUUCAUUGGCGCUCUAAAACGAUUUGUCUCACGCAGAGGCAAACCAUCUUGCAUGUACUCCGACAAUGGAACCAAUUUCGUCGGAGCUCACAGGCAGCUCAAGGAAUUUUACAACUUUUUCAAUAACGAACAGCUUCAAACUGAUGUGAAGCAUUUUUUACGCGAAUAAGAGACCUCGUGGAAAUUUAUCCCACCCAAUGCUCCGCAUUUUGGCGGCUUGUGGGAAGCGGCGGUAAAAUCCGCGAAAAAUCACUUGCAUCGUAUAGCCGGCAAGGCACAUUUAACCUUCGAGGAACUACAAACAGUGUUGUGCGAAAUAGAGGCCAUUCUCAACUCGCGUCCUCUUACACCCUUAAGUAAUGACCCUAAUGACUUAGCUUAUCUCAGUCCCGGUCACUUUCUGGUUGGCACCGCCUUGAAUAGUUUCCCUUACAGCGAUUUAACAGAUGUAAACGAGAAUAGAUUAGUGCGAUGGGAGCGAGUCGAGCAAAUUAGACAGCAUUUUUGGCGCAGGUGGAGCUGCGAGUAUCUUCACUCCCUUCAGGAACGUUUCAAAUGGAAAAUCAGCAAGGGAGAGCAACUGAAGCCAGAUCAGCUGGUAUUACUCAAACAACAGGGCCUGGCGCCACUACAAUGGUUACUGGGACGUAUCGAGAAAAUUCACCCGGGUGCAGACAAUGUCGCCCGAACGGCCACCGUCCGUACUGCAAAGGGCUUAUUCAUAAGACCUCUAUCCAAAAUCGCGGUACUACCAGUAGACCCUUAAUAUGCGUUUCGACUCCGUUUAAUGUUAGUCAUAUAUCUACCGCAAACAUGAAGUAUCAACUUCUUUUCUGAUAUCUAAAUCACUCAUCUUGUUAUUGUCAGACAUUGCUAUCAGAAGAUCCAACACAGCUAGCCGCUUUUUUCGU